GGUGAAUAGAGAUCAAAUAAAACAGUUGAGCAAUCACCACAUGUGGGUGUGCCAAGGAACACACAGUGGAAUAAGCAGAGCUCAAACCCCUUGAGGAAACCAUGAGCGUUGGUUUAUCAGUUGGGACAGGAAAACCACGCUGUCUCGCCGGGUUUGUUCCAGGCCACUGACCCAAUAAGAAGACUCCGUCUCCUGUGGUUCUAACUGCCUGACGGAUCAACCCCCCCGCCCCCCGUGCUGCGGUGCAAAGUCGAGGACAUAAUGUGACACAUCUCCGCCCUCGAUUGACUUACACCGAGGCCACCAUGCAGGAGUGCCACACUGGACUAUGUAUGUCUGUCUACAUCAUCACCUUUGUGCUGGGGUUCCCGGCCAACGUCCUCGCCUUCUACACCUUCUGCAAGAAAGUGAAGCAGAAACCCACGCCGAUCGACAUCCUGCUCCUUAACCUAACCAUCUCCGAUCUCCUCUUCCUUGCCUUCCUGCCCUUCAAGAUGCAGGAAGUGAUGAACAACAUGCUGUGGGACAUGCCCUACCCCCUCUGCCCGCUGUCUGGCUUCGUCUUCUACAUGACCAUCUACAACAGCACCUUCUUCCUCACUGCGGUCAGCGUGGAGCGCUACCUCGGCGUGGCUUUCCCCAUCCAGCACACCCUGAAGAGGCGACCAGUGUACGCCGUCGCCGCCAGCAUCUUCUUCUGGAUUUUCUCCUUCAUCCACCUCAGCAUUGUAUUCAUCGUGCCCUUUAUUAGCGCUGACAACUCCCCAAAUGCCACCUCAGGCCACAAUGUCUCCACCGCUGGUGGCGAACAGAGGGAAGUGUGCUAUGAGAAUUUCACACAGGCUCAGCUGAAGGUCCUCCUUCCUGUGCGCCUGGAGCUCUGCGUGGUACUUUUCUGCAUCCCCUUUUUGAUUAGCAGUUUCUGCUACAUCAACUUCAUCAGGAUUCUGUCCAAGCUGCAGCACAUUGACCGGCGGCGGCGGCUCCGGGCCAUUGGCAUGGCUUUGGGAACACUGCUGGUGUACGCUUUGUGUUUUGGGCCCUAUAACGUCUCGCACAUUGUCGGUUAUAUUAUGUGGAAAAGUCCCGACUGGAGAAACAAAGCCCUGCUGUUCAGCACCUUUAACGCUUGUCUAGACCCUCUUAUUUUCUAUUUCUCCUCCUCUGCUGUGAGAAAGACUGUGGGUAGUCUGAUGGAAGGGGUUAGGAGUCGCCUUAACAGGUGCAUGUCCUGUCACAUGCGCUGGGCCUUGUGUGGAGGGAUUAACAAGACUGCAAUAGAUAAGGAACACAAACAAGACGAGAUCAAUGCUAUCUGAGCAGACUGAAAAAAAAAGCGACGAGCAGCUGCCUUCACUAAUUUGUUAUUUCUUCAUCCCUGGAAGCAGGAAAUCAAUGUCAUGCUUGUGUUUUUACACGUGAGAAAAUGACUCGGCGUAGACAGCAUACUGUUUGACUCUCGGAUGAACUUCCUGUUAGGAAACGAGACACAGGAGGACACCUGUCUGUUGGAGCAAGCCACAGAGACAGCCCACUUUGAACAGUCAUAUUCAAACGAAAAAUACUUCUCACAUAAGAGCAGGAUUUCAUAAGACCUCAAUACAGGCAGGUGGUUUGGAGUGCUGCACCAGCCAAAUCAAUAUCGAAGCAACAGCUGUGGACGUCACCUCUCAGCAAUAAGAGAUCAUGCUCUCCGAACAGCUUUGACCAUGAACAGGAAUCAUUGUCAGUUUGUAAACUGAAGUGUGAGACAUUGAAGAAGAUUCAAGUGUGAUGAGAAUCACAGCUAUUGUACGACCUCACCAACACACAUGCAGCUUAUAUGCAGUUUUCUUUUUUGUGAACAUAUAUCUAUUUUGUACGCAGCCGUGAUAAGGAGUUACAGAGAAAAACAGCCUUGAUUUACAGAAAGAAAGUCAAGCAUAAAUAUACAGCAAGAGUUUUCAAAAUGGGAGAGGCUUUCAAAGAGAGAGAGAGAGAGAGAGAGAGAGAGAGAGAAGAUUAUACACAGUUACUCAUAGUGCAGAAUUAACUGUUUCAUUCACUUAAUUCUCAUUUCUGAGCAUCUCUCUGGACUUGAUUUGUGGGAUUUGUGUUUGUAAAAAGGUCGGCUGAGAUGAGUCGCAUUGAACAACUGGUGGCUCUUUUUUUGUUUUCUCUCCCACUUCAUUUUGUAUUUCCUGGAAGACAAUAAUUGGUCAUUGUGUCAGUGUUGACUUUUUCCUGUGUGAUAGGUUACAGGGAUAAGGCAAUAAGAAAAAAAACAGCCCUGUGUGUAUGCAUCCAUGUGUGUGUGUGUGUGUGUGUGUGUGUGUGCGUGUACAUGACUUGUUUGCCAAAGGCAGAGGAGAAAAUUGUACUCACCUGGCAGACAUCAUUUCCCCUGCAUGCAGAAAUGUCUGGCGGCUGUUGAGAGGGGGAUCACAUAAAUUAAAUAUGGUCUUUUAACCGCUUCCUGUAACUCUUGCUGAGAGGUUUACUCAAAUUUACCUUCCAAUAAAAAGACGACGGUCAUUGCAGAGAGGAGACACAUCUUUAGAAUGUUCAAGUGUACAAUCAGCUCAUUAGGGGAGGCAUCUGGAAAGUAGAGCGAAAAAAAGAAAAAAAGACAAACACUGAUUAGCACUGACUUAUCAUGUUAUUGAGCACGGCAGAAUUAAAUCAGGAAGGUUGAACUGGCUGAUGGACAUUUGCCUCCUUGUGGGGGAGAGAGAGGUGUUUAAACAUUGAUUGGGUAAAUCAUUAAUUUGUUCAAGUAUGCAGUAUUACAGGCAAUCUGUUGCCUUGGAAUGAUCGAUGUCUGACCCACAUUAACAGUCAAGUGGGGCAAAGACUAAACAAGCGACUUGUGGUGUGUGAGGCACUGUCAUCCCUGAGCUCUGUGUCAGUACAGACUGUGUUAUUAGGAAGGAAGUUGCCUAUGGACUUCCUUCCUUGAAUUCCUAUAGAAAUCCUGGUCACUUUCUACAAGGUUGGAGGCAUGAAGACCUCUAUCAGUAUAAGGGUUGAUCAGCUGUAUUUGCCAAAGCUAUUAGUCUGUGUACAUAGAAACUUAAAGCUGCUCAUACUAAUAUUUUUAAUGUGACAGAAUAUGUAUGAAUUCAUUUAAUUACUAUUUGUAAUGUGAAAGGAAUAGCAUGUAUUGAUAAACCCACACAGAAUUGUGAAAAUCUUUUGUUUCUUUUAGCUCUAUUGAGCUUUUUAAAAAAUCCUUAGUCUUUCGGCUAUUUCAUUUUCAGUAUUCUGCCCCACUAUUCUGCACCCAUUAAUGUUGCAAAAUAAGUCAGAUAAACCAACUGUACUGGUCCAGCACCAAACAGUUAAAGCGUCACAUAUUUCCAUCAGCAGGAGAGCAAAAAGGACUUACAUUUUUUUUAAAACAUGACUCCAACUUAAUGUAAAUGUUAAAUAAUGUCUAUAACAUAAACACAUUAUCAACUUUCUAAGGUGUAACAUCGUUGUAUUUACAGUUUACUGCAGGCUGAAGCUAAAGGUUAUACUUUGUAUAAAUCAGAUAAUUAAUUCAGCAGUUUAAAUCAGAUCCCUUUCAGAUGCUGGGUCAAUAUUAUAUGGAAAUAUAGAGGUGUUUUCUUUGCCCCAUAAAUGCAAAUACAUGUGCUCAUCAUUUGCUACAGCAGGGAUGUAUAAUGUGUUGAGACAUCAUACC